CUUGUCCAGGCUACCACGCCCAGCUCCUGCAUUCCUCAUCCUCCUCACUCCAUCGUCUCCUUCAGCUGAGGCUGAAGCCCCCUGACUCCUGGUGGAGCUCACUACCAUCACACACUUUGGAUUUGGAAAACUGUGCUGGUAUAGCCCACGGCACGUGGGCUUUCUCGCCUCAACACCCAUCGUCCCAGAGAAAGAGCUAGUGCGUGCAGACAGCGAGACUGACCGAGGGUCCUGCAACACACCCUACACAGAGAUGUGCAAUCUGAUGUGGGAUGGACAACUGGUGACGAUCAGACAGGUGAAAGAGGACACUGACCCAGCCGCAGGAGACAUCCUGUUCACAGAGCACGAACAUGUCAGCCACCUGCGGCAUGCACACUUGUUGCUUCUCCUAGGCGUGAGUCUGAGCGAGUCCUUAGAAAAUGUGCGACUGGUGUACGAGAGAGUGCACUUAGGGUCCCUUUACACUGUAUUGCACACCAGGAGGUGGGAGCCUCACCCACUUCGCACAGACACCAUCCCUCAGUUGCUGCUACAGGUGUGUGACGCUGUGAUCUACCUUCACUCCCGAGGCUACAUCCAUCGCUCACUCACCUCCCACGCUGUCCAGCUUGUCUCCCCCACAGUCGCCAAACUCUCCAACCUUGAGUACCUGCAAGAGAGGGCUGAAGAUGGACGCUGGUCUGGGGGCCCAGGACUGCCCAUUCCUCACCAGCUGUACAACUGGCUGCCCCCCGAGGUCAUCAGGAAUCAGCGAGCGACCCCGAGUUCUGACCUCUACAGUUUCUGCACUGUUCUGCAGGAGGCCUUGACAGGUAGGGAAACAUGA